UGAUCCAUCGGCAUACGCAUGGCGGUAGCUGGAGCCGGGGCAGCGUAUCGCUUCCACCCGCACGGCGCCGGCUUCGGCCGCUCGAUGGCGUUUCCCCUGCCGCCGGGAUCCGGCUGCCCCUACAGCUCCGGAGCCUCGUUGAGCUCUGCCGCCUUCGGUGCGGCCACCGGGCCCGGGGUGCUUCAGCAGGAGCUGGACGUCCUUGACUACUUGUCCGACGACGGCGGGGUGCCCGGCACGGCCGGCGCGCCGCUGCCGGUUGAGGCGGCGGUCGUGCCGGAUGUUGGCUACUGUGAUCAUACGAGUAGGGCGGCCGCGGUGGCGGCGAGCGGCAAGAUCGCGUUCCGGACUAGGUCGGAGGAGGAGAUACUGGAAGACGGCUACAAGUGGAGGAAGUACGGCAAGAAGUCUGUCAAGAACAGCCCUAACCCAAGGUAUCCAAAACGAACGAAUUCAUUUACUUUUCUAUAGAUCAUCAGAUUUGGGUUGGAAAAGUUUGGCUUGGGGUUGCAGGAAGGGAUUAAUUGGCAUGUACUAUAUAGCUCUACUCAUUUACUCAAGUGUGAUUGACCAUAAUUUGGGUGAAAUCGCUAAAAUUUUGAUGAGUUUCUUUCUCCAGUUCUCUCCCAUCCCGUGGUUCAUGAUUUCUAGCUGGUAGUUUCAUGGCCUAGUUUCUAGGUCAGCUGGUAUGGAUCAGGCUGAUUCUGUAGCUGGUGGACCAAUUCUGUUGCAUUUUGCUUGGUUCUUGCUUGGAUAAACUUCCUUAAGAAAGGAAAAUCUUGGCUAGCUUGUCGAUGGACGACCGUUUAUAGGUUAUUUAUUUGUUCUUAUUAUUAGUCCAUCCAAUCUACGUUUAGAUUCGUGACUUUAGUUUGAUGAUGCUGGACCCAAGUUCCUUUUUAACAGGGAGUCGUUUUUUUUAAACUAGGACAGGGAGUCGUUUUGGGAUGUGACCAAUUAAAGGGAAACAUAUUGUAUACGAUGAGAUCUAGUGUUUGAAGUAGCUAGGAAAAAAGAUGAUGAAUUCUCGGCAAAAAAGAAAAGAAGAUGAACUCAAGGUCUCAAUUUGCUAUUCUUCUGUCGAUCCAGAAAUCCCUGUUUGUUAAGCCGUCUAAGAUGUACAAUCAAAUGUAAAUUGCUCAAGAAAUCCUUAUCCUCGCUCGCUUGAGUUGUACAAUAUUUAAUGUAAGUUGCACAAAAAUAUGUGUAAUUCCAGGCUAAGAAAUGUGUGACUGCUCAAUUGCGAAAUUAGACUUUUUGAGUGUGGUUACUAAACAACAAUUUUUCAACAUAAAAUUUACACAUACU